AUGCCGACGACUCAGCUUCAGUUGCGCAAAGAGCUCCUUAUCCGAGCCAGGGAUUGCUUACUUGCGGUUCAACAAGAUGAAAAAAUGGAGGCGAGUGAGGAUAUGGAGCCAAUAAUUAUCGCUGAAAAUGUGACACUCGAAGCCUACAUCAAGUUUUGUAAAACUGAGCGAAAGCUUCCUGUCAGCAUUCGUUUCAUCGAUGGAAAAGUCAUAGCUUAUGAAGUGCCUCUCUCGGAGCAUGGAAAGGUAUCGGACAUGAUCUCUUUCUUGAUCCGUACCUGGAAUCGAGAGGAUCUUAUUGUAUCUCAAAAUAGUUAUUUAACUGCUGAUGCUACCAUCCGACCACCAGACCUUCCUCCAUCCCCAGCUGGUCAGCAACCUAACUCAAGUGGGGGAGCAUAUCCAACAAUGGUUGUUGAAGUUGGCAACAGCGAAUCUCUUCCUAGUUUACAUAGUCUUUCGACAUAUUAUUUUUCUCCACGAACGACUAUUCAAAUUUACCUUGCAAUCAAACUGUUUCCCAUUCAUCAGGACGGUACAAGGGCAAUGCUUGCACUGCACUACCUACGUACAAACCAAAAUAAAAUGAUGCCAGACGUUGUAAUAUCUUUUGGAACGGCGCCUCUCCAUCAUAGUACAAUGGAUUUUCUUUUAAAUGACGUGGGCGUUCCAUCUGUUAAAAUUACUGGUGUCGGGUUUACAGAAACUACUUGCAACGCUCCUGGUAUUACAAAUUAUCAAUUACAUAUUCCUGCUGUUGAACUUUUCAGCGGUUCUCCUAGUGGCGUCCCUGUUAGAGCAAUUAAUGGGUUUUAUUUGGACUUAUGGAAAUUACAAGAUGUAGUAUUGAAUGUAAACUAA